AUGAUGACACCCUCCAGGCCCUCCACCAUGGCUUUGGCUGUUGCUGCGGCUGCGGCCACUGGAUGUUCCCUUCAGGCCUUUCUAAGUCCACCGUCUGUGGCCCCAGCCGCGGGUGCGACGCUACGAGGAAGUGCUGCCACAGCCGCAGGACAGGUCACUGGACAGGUGCCGGUGUUGAGCGCAGCUGCUGCCAGCGCAGCUGUGGCAGGGGUGAUGAUGGCUCGCAAGGCCAGCGCAAAAAAAGGCAGCAAGGUGGUGCGUUUGGCUGAGGAGAAACCUUUCGCUGGUGGCCUCAUUGGUGGCGAGUCAGCUUUUGCUGGCCAGGACUUCAACUUCGACCCCCUGGGCCUGGCAGUGAAGUGCGAGAAGUACCUGCCAUGGUUCCGCGAGGCAGAGCUUAAACAUGGCCGAAUUGCUAUGUUGGCAUUUGUCGGUCUGGUGGUACCAGAGUUUGUUCGAAUUCCAGGACCCGAGCAGUGCUACGGCGCCAAGACAGUGGUGGACGCGCACAAUGCCUGCGCGGGAGAUCCAUAUUUCCCCUUCGUUCUGGAUGCCACUGACUUUUACGGCAAGGAAGGCCACCAAGUGGGACCUCUCUUCCAGGUCUUUGCUUUCUGCGGAUUGGUGGAGAUGCUGACCACCUUUGCCAAAACCAGCAACGUCUCCAACAAACCGGGCCUGACUCUUGAGAAUGCAGGAGACUACCGCCUGGGCGUGAACUUCCUGCCCAAGGACGAGGCCAAGAUCAAGGAGAUGAAAUUGAAGGAGCUGAAGAACGGCCGCCUGGCCAUGUUGGCCUUCGGUGGCGCUAUCACCCAGGCGACCUUGACGGGCAACAGCUUCCCUUGGCUCUACGCCCAGGAGGAGAAGUCCGGCUUCGGUGCACGAACUGCCGCCAUGCUGGGAGGUACUCGUGCUUCCAAGGUUCAAAGGCGAGCUGAAAAGGGCUACAAGAUGAGUGCGGCAGUGCCCUUCCUCCCCAUGUCACCUGCAUUGGAGGGCAUCCCAGGUGAGGAGGAAGGCUUUGACCCCAUGGGAUUCUCUCUGGCCAUUGACAUCCGCUGGCUGCGGGAGGCGGAGCUGAAGCACGGCCGUGUGGCCAUGCUGGCCACAGUGGGAUGGAUUGCCACUGAUCUGGGCCUCCGAGUGCCCGGUGAUGCCUUCCAGAUCUCCACCAUUGAGGCACAUGAUGCCAUGGUGAAGUUUGGAUCCAUGCCCCAGAUUCUGGUGUGGCUCGGCUACUUGGAGCUCUUCGGCUUUCUGGCCAUCAUCAACAUGCAGGAGGGCAAGACUGAUCGAAAGCCGGGUGACUUCGGUCUCCGUGGUUUCUAUCCGGCUGAUGCCAAGGGGCAGUAUGACAUGCAGGUGAAGGAACUUCGCAACGGCCGACUGGCCAUGCUGGCCUUUUCAGGCAUUGCCACCGUGGGUGUGCUCACACAGGAGAAGUGGCCCUUCUUUGAUGCAGUGGUCAAUGCUGUGCCUGCUGAGCGCAAGGCGUCCUCUGCCUCUUCCUUUUGCGGAUCCAUGGUCUCGCGUUCUCGCGGAUCCACCAUGGCCCGUCAAGCAGCCACCAGCAAGAGCAUGCCCUUCCUGCCCAAGCCGCAGAACCUGGGUGGCCUGGUGGGUGGCGAGGCCGAGUUCGAUCCUCUGGGCUUCUCCGAUACCUUUGAUGUGAAGUGGCUGAGGGAGGCUGAGCUGAAACACGGGCGCGUGUGCAUGUUGGCCACCAUCGGCUUUGCUGCGGAGCAGUAUGUGCAAUUCCCAGGCUGUCCUGAGACGCCAGAUGCUCUGCAGGCCAUCUACACGGCACCUGUGAACCUCACGGGCCUGUUGCUCUUUGCGGCGGGCUACAUCGAAAGCACAUCUUACAACGGAAAGCUCACCAUGCUUGACAUGUUUGAGGGCGAGGGUGCCAAGAGAGCUCCUGGUGAUCUGAACUUUGGCAAGCGCUUCUUGCCGGGCGACAAGGCUAAGGCUGAUGAUCUGGCCACCAAGGAGCUGAAUAACGGCCGCUUGGCCAUGCUGGCCUUCUCAGGGAUGGUUCACCACAACCUGGUGGUCAAGGGACCUUUGUUCCCUCUCUUCCCUGAAGGAUGGGAGGGACCCCAGGGCUCCUGGGACUUGGACUCCACCGCCGGAGCGCUGUCCAGCACAAGCAUGGCGAUUGGUGCCAUGGGCGCCGCGGUUUUGGGCUCUUCCGCACUACAGGCCUUCCUGGCCCCUUCAGCACCUUCCGCCCCCUCCGCGCCGGUGCUUCGCGGCAGCGGCAGCCAGCAAACGUCCGGCCCCGCGGGUCGCCAGGGUGGCCACGCCAUGACGGUGGGCCUCGCAACGGCGGCAGUGGCAUUGGCGCGGCGGCGCACCGUGGUGAGGGCGGAGGAGAAGCCCUUCGCUGGCGGCCUCAUUGGGGGAGAGUCCGCCUUCUCGGGACAGGACUUCAACUUCGACCCCUUGGGUCUGGCCGUGAAGUGCGAGAAGUACCUGCCAUGGUUCCGCGAGGCGGAGUUGAAACAUGGCCGAAUUGCUAUGUUGGCCUUUGUCGGUCUGGUAGUGCCGGAAUUCGUUCGAAUCCCAGGGCCUGAACAGUGCUACGGAGCCAAGACAGUGGUGGAAGCGCACAACGCGUGCGCCGGAGAUCCAUAUUUCCCUUUCGUGCUGGAUGCCACAGACUUCUACAACAAGGAGGGACACCAGGUGGGCCCCCUCUUCCAGGUCUUCGCCUUCUGCGGCUUAGUGGAGAUGUUGACCACCUUCGCCAAAACGAGCAAUGUCUCCAACAAGCCCGGCCUCACCUUGGAAAAUGCAGGUGACUAUCGCUUGGGGGUCAACUUUCUUCCCAAAGACGAAGCCAAGAUCAAGGAGAUGAAGCUCAAGGAGUUGAAGAAUGGACGAUUGGCCAUGUUGGCCUUUGGUGGCGCCAUUACUCAGGCCACACUCACCGGCAACGGCUUUCCCUGGCUGUAUGCCCAAAAGGACGAGGAGCGUAGCGUCAGCAGCCGCAGCAGCUUCUGCAACGCCGGAGCUGUCCCUGGCCGUGGCCGUGUGGCGAGGCGAGCUGAGAAGGGCUACAAGAUGAGCGCUGCGGUGCCUUUUUUGCCCAUGUCUCCAGCCUUGGAGGGCAUCCCAGGUGAGGAAGAGGGCUUCGACCCCAUGGGUUUCUCUUUAGCCAUUGACAUCCGUUGGUUGCGGGAGGCAGAGCUGAAGCAUGGCCGCGUGGCCAUGCUCGCAACUGUGGGAUGGAUCACGACUGAUCUGGGCCUCCGAGUGCCCGGUGAUGCCUUCCAGGUCUCCACCAUUGAGGCGCAUGAUGCCAUGGUGAAGUUUGGAUCCAUGCCCCAGAUCCUGGUGUGGCUGGGCUACUUGGAACUCUUUGGCUUCCUGGCCAUCAUCAACAUGCAGGAGGGCAAGACUGACCGCAAACCUGGAGAUUUUGGGCUGCGUGGCUUCUACCCAGCAGAUGCCAAGGGGCAAUAUGACAUGCAGGUGAAGGAGCUUCGCAAUGGACGUCUGGCGAUGUUAGCCUUUUCAGGCAUUGCCACUGUGGGCGUGCUGACGCAGGAGAAGUGGCCCUUCUUUGAUGCAGUGGUCAACGCCGUCCCCAGAGAUGCGCAGCAGGCCACUUCCAGCCGCUUCUGCGGCGCGGCAGACCGUGGGGCAGCGCGUCAUGCCACGGCUCGUAGGGCCUCCAGCAGCAGGAGCAUGCCCUUUCUGCCUAAGCCGCAGAACUUGGGUGGCCUGGUGGGUGGUGAGGCCGAGUUCGAUCCCCUGGGCUUCUCUGAUACCUUUGAUGUGAAGUGGCUGAGAGAGUCGGAAUUGAAGCACGGCCGCGUGUGCAUGCUGGCAACUAUUGGCUUUGUGGCAGAACAAUACGUGCAAUUCCCAGGCUUUCCUGCCGCCGAGGAUGCGCUACAGGCCAUUUACGUGGCGCCGGUGAACAUGACCGCGCUGUUGCUGGUGGCUGCAGGAUACAUCGAAAGCUCUAGCUAUGGUGGAAAGCUCACCAUGUUGGACAUGUUCGAGGGCGAAGGAGCCAAGCGAGCCCCAGGUGAUCUGAACUUUGGCAAACGCUUCUUGCCAAGCAACAAGGCUGAUGCAGAUGUGCUUGCAACCAAGGAGCUGAAUGAUGGUCGGCUGGCCAUGUUGGCCUUCUCAGGCAUGGUGCACCACAACUUGGUGGUGAAGGGACCUCUCUUCCCUCUCUUCCCAGAGGGCUGGGAGGGACCCCAGGGAUCAUGGGAUCUGGACAGCACCGCUGGUGCUCUGAACAGCGGUCGCCUUGGUCUCUGA